AAUUUUGAUCAAAUUAAAAUGUCCUUUUGCCCUUUUUCCAAUUUUCAAAUAGCCUCCUCCACAAAAUAAACCGCGUCUCUGUUACUCUCUUUCACCAAAACCCCAACUCACUCUCUCUUUCUCUCUCUAGAUUGUCUGAUUUUCUGCCUUUUUACUCAAAAAUAAAUUCCCAGAAUCUUACCAAAAAUCAGGCAGCAUAAAAUUAAUUUGGUCUCUUUUGCCAAGAAUCCCCUGUUUUUUCUGCUCUCUACUUUGUCUCCUUCAAUCUAGGAAUUUAGAAUUUCCUCAAAAAUGGCGGAUCAUAAUCUUACCACCCCAUUUUUGACCCAGGAUGGAAAUAGUCAAACCCCAGCAAUUUCAGAUUCAGAAAAAUCCCAUCUUGUUCUUACAAUCGAAAACCCUAACUCAGAAAACCCCCAAAUCAAUUUUCAAAACCCCUUUGAAUUUCUGGGUGUUGAAGGGUUUAAUGAUCACCCUUCUACCUCUGCUGAUCCUUUCAGAAAUCAUACCCUGAAAAUUGUUGGGGUUUAUGAGUGGAUUAAGAUUUUAAUUUGUAUCCCAAUUGCUGCAAUUAGGCUUGUGUUUUUUGGGUUGACUUUAUUAGUUGGGUAUGUUGCUACUUUGAUUGCUCUUCAAGGUUGGAAAGAUAGGAAUAGUCCUAUGCCUAGAUGGCGUUCUAAUCUUAUGUGGGUCACUCGAUUUAGCUCUCGUUGCAUACUGUUCUCUUUUGGGUACCAUUGGAUAAGACGCAAAGGACGGCCUGCACCGAGAGAUAUUGCUCCUAUCAUUGUUUCAAACCAUGUAUCAUACAUUGACCCAAUUUUCUAUUUCUAUGAGUUGUUCCCUACAAUCGUUGCGUCUGAUUCCCAUGACUCAAUGCCUGUAGUCGGGACUAUUAUCAGAGCUAUGCAGGUUAUAUAUGUGAAUAGGUUCUCACCUUCAUCAAGGAAACAUGCUGUUAAUGAGAUAAAGAGAAAGGCUUCAUGCAAUAGAUUUCCUCGUGUUCUUUUAUUUCCGGAGGGGACUACCACCAAUGGAAGAUUCCUUCUCUCUUUCCAAAUGGGUGCAUUCAUUCCAAAUCAUCCAAUUCAGCCAGUAGUAGUUCGAUAUCCUCAUGUACACUUUGAUCAAUCCUGGGGUAACAUUUCCUUGGCGAGGCUGAUGUUUCGAAUGUUUACUCAGUUUCACAAUUUUAUGGAGGUGGAGUACCUCCCAGUUGUACGGCCUUUGCACAGUCAAAAAGAAAAUGUGCCUCUUUUUGCUGAAAGGACUGCCCAUGCUAUGGCCAGUGCACUGAAUGUUGUGCAAACAUCUUAUUCCUAUGGGGAUAUGUUGCUUCUGAUGAAAGCAGUUGAAUUAAAGCAGGAAAACCCUUCAAGAUUUAUGGUUGAAUUGGGUCAUAUAAAUUCGUCUUACCGCGUGAGCACUAUGGAGGCUUUGGAAUUAUUGGAGAAGUUUAUAUCUAUGAAUCCUGAUAGCAGUGGCUGUGUGGAGAUUGGGGACUUCUUAAGAGUUUUGAGAUUGAAGCCUUGUGGUUUAUCUGAAAAGAUUUUUGCUUUUGUUGAUAUCGAGAAGAUGGGAAAAAUUACUUUCAAACAGUUUUUGUUAGCAUCAUAUCAUAUCAAGAAACAGCCAUUAUUUCAUCGUGCCUGUGAAGUUUCUUUUGCCAAAUGUAGUGAUGAGAUCCAAGAUCACAUAUCCAAAGAAGAGUUUGGAGAUGUGAUUCGACUGGGUAUUCCAAAUGUCAAUGACCAUGAUAUUAAAGAACUUUUCAAUAUGUUCGAUAUGGAUGGCGAUGGGAGAAUUAGGAAGCACGAGUUUCUCUGCUGCUUAAGAAAAAACCCGCUGUUCAUUGCCCUCUUCUCACCUCUUCUUCAAGAUGGGCUCGAGUACACUAGCAAUGGGCUGGAGAUGGUUUGAAAGAAAAUAUUUGGUAUCUUCAUCGAUUGCUGUAUGAUUGGUUUGCCAUUAUAUGUUAUAUAUAUUCUUCUUCACUUCCCCUGAGCCCUGGAGUGGGUUUGCAUAUGGCAGAUGGGUCUGAAAUUUUUUGGCAACUUCAGAUCCUUCAUUUAGUAGUUUCUCGUGGUUGAUGGUAAGCCAAUUUGGGGGUGAUUUUUUGUGUAAUAGCAUUAAUUAGCAUAUUGAAAUACUAUGAUGUAGCAAUGGUUUUAUGACAGGAAGUGUAGUGCUUUCUAAUAUACAGAUUGUUUGAUAUACAUAUGUGUACUUCUAUAACGUUUUGGACUCGAAGCUAUGACCAAAUAUAUUACUCGUAUACGAGUAGUAUGCUGUGUUACCAAAUGCAAUUUUGUAGUAAUAGAAUUGUACCAAGUGCAAUGUAAGAAUGCAGGAGAAAACUAUAAUUUUUGCUAAAGAUUGGAUACA